AUGAACAGUGACGGUGAUAGUGGUAACAAGAAAGUGGAAGAUGUCACUGCACAGAAGAAGGAGCUGCCAUCAAACUUGCAGAAAAUCUGCCUAGUCUGUGGCGAUAAAGCACUUGGGUACAAUUUUAACGCUAUCUCCUGUGAGAGUUGCAAGGCCUUUUUUAGACGUAACGCAUUAGCCACUAAGGAAUUUAAGUGUCCGUUCACCAAUAACUGCGAGAUUACUGUUGUAACGCGUCGGUUCUGCCAGAAAUGUCGCCUGGAAAAAUGCUUGGCGAUCGGCAUGGUAAAAGAGUUCAUAAUGUCCGACGAGGACAAAGCAGAGAAGAGGCGGAAAAUCGAAGAGAAUAGAGCGAAGAAACGACAAUGCUCCGAUCCAGAGGAUGCGGUAUCAAGCUCCAAAAACUUCAAACGUGACAACGAAGUGAAUAAUGCUAGUUAUAAUAGUCCAGUACAAGAACCACCUGUUAUUCAGUAUGAUGUGCUCAAUAGUACAACAUGUAGUCCCAACAGUACUGUGCAAUCACCGUUAAGUAAUGAAUUGGACAACUCAAUAAGCUCCCCACCAGUCUACCAUCAAUAUGUACCAGUUCAAAAUAUGGAAAUGCCUUACACAAUGAAAGUAUAUCCAAUAGAUGAAAAGACCGUUAUUAAUCAAACAGUUUACGAGCAAAGGAUGAUGGACCCUUAUGUGUGUGACAAUGUGGACAGUUUAUACUCGGAGCCGCCUAAACAAAAUAGCAUAAGAUCAAUACUCACAAACGGAGAUGCUGCAAUAUAUAGAGAUGGAAAACCACAGCAUAUUUGUGAAGAAAUACCGUCCACAAGUAACAAUCCCGAUGUAAAUAAAGCUAGAGAUAUCCUGCAGGAUGUAGAAAGAAUAGAGCCCAACUCAAUGGAGUCAAUAUUGUGUGAAGCGAUCAAAUUGGAGUUCGAAGCUUACACGUCGGUGAACGCUUGCAGUGGCUCCUCUAGGGAACUGAAUGAGGUGGAGCGAGCAAAGUUGAACGAGCUGAUCGUAGCCAACAAGGCCCUACACGCGCCCAUCGACGAUGACGUCUCGCAGCUGAUCGGUGACUCUGCUAGCACCGCUGGACUCAAGAGCGGCGACGGGAAACCACGAUCCGAGAUUGAUAACGAUUAUCAGGUGGCGCUUUUAAAAGGAGGCUGCAUAGAGAUGAUGGUCCUUCGGAGCACGAUGACCUACGACGGACAGAGGAACCAAUGGAAGCUGCCGCACAGCCAGAAGCGGUUCGGGUUCGGCAGCGUGCGCACGGACGUGCUGAAGCUGGCGAAGGGCGACGUGUACCGCUGCCACGAGGCGUUCAUCGGCUCGUUCCUGGCGCGCUGGCGCACCGACGAGCACCUCAUCCUCAUCCUCAGCGCCAUCCUGCUCUUCGCGCCCGACAGGCCGCACCUGGUGCAUCGCGACGUCAUCAAGCUCGAGCAGAAUUCUUACUACUACCUGCUGCGUCGCUACCUGGAGAGCGUGUAUCCCGGCUGCGAGGCCAAGUCCACCUUCCUCAAGCUCAUCCAGAAGAUCCUCGAGCUGAGGAAGUUGGCCGAGGAGGUCACUGGGGUCUACCUCGACGUCAACCCCAUCGAGCCCCUCUUGAUGGAGAUCUUCGACCUGCAGCACCACGGCCAG